ACGUCACACGGCCACCGCGAGGGGUUGUCCGCUGUUGUGUUUUGUACAGCAACAGUUUCCCUUUAACCCAGAGAGCGCGCGUCAAGCGGCGAAGAAGAAGUUGACACUUUUUUCUCCUUUAUUUUAAAUGGAAGUUUAGGACAAGGGGAAUAUAUCCGCAGGGCCACAGCUCUACACCGCGACUGACAGUAGAGAAACGUUAUCCCAGUCGGCAGAGGCAAAACCAUGGCCAUUAUAACCUGCCGAGUGCAGUACUUGGAGGACUCGGACCCUUUCGUCUGCACCAACUUCCCGGAGCCACGGAGACCGCCGCCCUAUGAUCUGGACGAAAACACCGCUUUGAUUGAGCAGAUCGCCGGGGUUCACAAACUCCUGGAGGCGCCGCUGAAGUUGGAGGAGUGUGCUCUGCAGAUGGCCCCCAAUGGGAACUACCUGGACCUGGACCUAUCUCUGGGGGAACAGAAAGAUGAUGUGGAACAGCUCUAUGACGACGUGGGUAGAGGGAAGAAACCCAUCCUGAUCCUGCGAACUCAGCUAUCUGUCAGAGUCCACUCCAUUCUAGGUAAGAAGCCGCUCCUCCUUUUCCAUCCCUCCGUCCCACUUGAAUCGAAGAACAUAUCAUGAAGGCUUUAUAGAGUGUUAAUGAAGGCUUUAUAGAGUGUUAAUGAAGGCUUUAUAGAGUGUUAAUGAAG